CAUAAAACGUCACAUUUUUCAACAGCAUUAUUUUGUUUCAAACAGCACGCCGUAGUUUUUUUGUUAGUCAGAGUAGAAAAAAAAUACCUUUCAAAUAAAAUUACAUUUAAACAAUUCUCGAGUCCAUUUUACAUCAUAAAGUGUGAAAAAACGUAAUUUCAGUCACAGUCAACAUAACAUUUGUUGUUUCAACGUAAAAAAAAAUUGGUGUAAAAUAAAAAGGUGCAAAAGAAUACUCGAAAGAAACGAUGGCAAAACGGCGACCAGAUCAUCAGCUAACACAAAACAAUUGGGAUGAUGAGCUUGAAAAAGACGAAGUCGGUGAAUUUCAAAAAGCCGACGAAAACGAGAUGAAAAAUCGUGUGAUUCGAAAAGUAAAACGUCGUCCCCGUACCGAUGAAGUCGAUUCAAAUGAAGUGAAACCAGUGUCGGUAUUUUCGGGCUUCUCAUUGAUAUCAAAUAAAUCAACACUCGGUGGUGGUGGUGAAGAUGUAGCUGCGUCCGUCUCAAAGCCGUUGUUCAGUUUUGGCAAUAGUUUUUCAUCGCAGCAACCGGCGGGCGUGGCAUCAAGUGUCUCUGCGUUCGGUACCAUGCCAUCAUUUAAUGCGCAAGCAAAAGUUGAUGACACCAAAUCAACGGAAUUUAUAAAAAAAUUGAAGAAUUUGAAUGAUGCUGUAUUGAAAUGCAUUAAAGGUCACAUUGACAGUGGCAAUGCUUGCAUUCUGACGCCAAUUUUCAAGGAUUAUGAAAAAUAUGUAAAGGAUUUGGAAGACGAAAAAGAAAAAAAUGCAACGCCAACUGCACCAUCACCAGCAAAAACAAAUCACGUAAACAGCUCCGUAUCGGCAGCAUCAGCAUCAUUUUCAUUCUCAUUCAACGCACCAAAAACCGUGGCCGAUACAAAAACCGAAAAUUCAACAUUGAAUACAGCAUCGCCAGUUGCAACGGCACUAACACAAAGCACAUCAGCUGCACCGAUGUUCUCAUUUGGUAAGACAUCGGCGACACCAUUCGGUGGAUCAUCGUCAGGAUUUUCAUUUUCGAGUGCCAUUCAAACAACCAACAAACCGGCUGAAAAUGACAAAAAAACUGAUGGUACAAAUGGCAACGGUGAAAAUGCCGAAGACGAAGAUGAUGAACCGCCAAAAGUGGAAUUCAAACCGGUUGUCGAAGAUGAAAGCAUCUAUUCAAAGCGAUGCAAGGUAUUUGUUAAGGAUGAUGGUGACUAUAAGGACCGUGGCACCGGAACAUUGUAUCUAAAGAAUGUGAAAGACGACAAAGUUCAGCUGAUUGUUCGAGCCGACACGAAUUUGGGCAACAUUUUACUUAACAUUAUACUGUCGUCCGCAAUUCCUGCAAAACGUCUCAAAAACAACGUCGUUCUUGUAUGCAUACCAACGCCAGAUUCGGAACCGAAACCAAGAUCCGUACUCGUUCGUGUCAAAACUGAAGAUGAUGCCAAGGAAUUACUCGAAACCAUUGAACAACAUCAAAAUUAACUUUAAAAUAUCUACUCAUUAUUCGUUUAUCUCUUUGAACAUUUUUGAGUUUUCAGACAAAGAAACAGAUUUUUUUUUCUUGUUAAAUUAAUUUUGGUUAAUAAAUAAUAAAGAAAAACUCAAUUCAAUAUUUUU